AUGGGUGAUGGUAGAAGACGAAAGCUGCAUUUGAGCAAAAUCUAUGACUUCUCACGUGGGAAAAAACCUCUCAGGGACGAUGACCUCUCAGUACAGAUUGGUGGACCAGGCUUCUCAAGGGUGGUCUUAUGCAAUGAUCAUGAAGCUAUAGGCCUCAAUUAUAAAGAUAAUUACGUGAGAACCACUAAGUAUACAGUUCUCACUUUCUUUCCCAAGUCCUUGUAUGAGCAGUUCAGGAGAAAAGCUAACAUAUACUUCCUUACUCUGGCGAUCAUGGCCUUCACACCUCUUUCUCCUACCUCAUCACCUAUCUUUUCGUCGCUCCCACUUUCUAUUGUGCUCGCAGCUAGCAUGAUCAAAGAAGCCAAUGAAGAUUGGAAGCGUCAUAAUCAGGAUACUAAGGUAAACAAUCGAGAGGUAAAGGUGCAUCGUGGUCAUGGCAAUUUUGAUAAUAUUGUGUGGAAGAACCUGAGAGUUGGAGAUAUAGUGAAGGUAGAGAAGGAUGAUUUCUUUCCUGCUGACCUUGUCUUGCUUUCCUCCAAUUAUGAGGAUGCCAUCUGCUAUGUUGAGACUAUGAACCUUGAUGGGGAGACAAAUUUGAAACUGAAAAAAGCACUAGAGGUAACUUCAGGUCUAAAUGAGGAGGUUAACUUCCGAAAUUUCAAAGCUGUUAUUAAAUGUGAAGACCCUAAUGCAAAUCUAUACACUUUUGUUGGAACUAUGGAAAUUGGAGAGCAACAAUAUCCCCUUUCACCUCAACAACUUCUCCUUAGGGACUCAAAGCUCAGGAACACAGACUAUAUCUAUGGGGUUGUCGUUUUUACAGGCCACGACACAAAAGUUAUGCAGAAUUCAGUGGAACCACCCUCCAAGAGAAGCAAAAUUGAGAUUAGGAUGGAUAAGAUUGUUUAUCUCUUGUUCUCUUUCAUGGUUUUGAUUUGUCUCAUUGGAUCUAUCUUUUUUGGAAUUGCAACUAGAGAUGAUAUUGAGAAUGGUAGGAUAACAAGGUGGUACCUUAGACCUGAUGAUGCCACAGUUUACUUUGAUCCCAAAAGAGCAACAAUUGCAGCAAUUUUACAUUUCUUAACAGGCUUUAUGAUGUAUAGCAACUUUAUACCCAUCUCCUUGUUUGUAACCAUAGAGAUUGUCAAAGUUUUGCAAUGCAGAUUCAUUAACCAAGAUUUGCAAAUGUACUAUGAGGAAGCUGAUAAGCCUGCACUUGCUCGUACCUCGAAUUUGAAUGAGGAACUUGGCCAAGUUGAUACUAUACUUUCAGACAAGACAGGAACUCUAACCCGUAAUUCCAUGGAAUUCAUGAAGUGUUCGAUAGCUGGGACAGCUUAUGGUCGUGGAAUCACAGAAGUUGAAAGGGCUAUGGCUAAGAGAAAAGGAUCACCAUUGAAUAUUCAUGAGGAGGUUAGGGAUUCUAUUGAUGAUACACCUAAUAUUGUUAGAGGAUUCAAUUUUAAGGAUGAAAGGAUCAUGAAUGGGCAAUGGAUUAAUGAGCCAAGAUCAGAAGUCAUUCAAAAGUUCUUUCGCUUAUUGGCAAUCUGCCACACAGCUAUACCUGUAGUAGAUGAUGAGAGUGGGAAUAUCUCAUAUGAGGCAGAGUCCCCAGAUGAGGCAGCCUUUGUGAUUGCAGCAAGAGAACUUGGCUUUGAAUUUUACCAGAGGACACAAACAAGCAUCUCACUGCAUGAGUUGGAUCCUGUUUCUAAAAUGAAAGUUGAAAGGACAUAUACACUUCUGAAUAUCUUGGGGUUUAAUAGCUCAAGAAAGCGGAUGUCUGUGAUAGUAAGGAAUGACGAGGGACAACUAUUACUACUCAGUAAAGGUGCUGACAGCGUCAUGUUUGGAAGGCUUGCAAAUAAUGGGAGGGAUUAUGAAGUACAGACACAGGAGCAUAUGAAUGAGUAUGCUGAUGCAGGGUUGAGAAUGUUGGUUCUUGCUUAUCGUGAACUCAGUGAGGAGGAAUACAUAAAGUUUAAUGAGGAAUUCACAGAGGCCAAGAACCUGAUCAGUGCAGAUAGGGAUGAAAGGAUGGAUGAAGUGGAAGAGAAGAUAGAGAAGAAUUUGAUUCUUCUUGGUACUACUGCUGUUGAGGACAAAUUGCAACAUGGGGUUCCUGAGUGCAUUGACAAAUUGGCACAAGCAGGGAUUAAAAUAUGGGUUUUGACUGGAGAUAAGAUGGAGACUGCAAUUAAUAUUGGUUUUGCAUGUAGCUUGCUUAGACAAGAAAUGAAACAAAUAAUUAUCAACUUGGAGACACCAGAAAUUAAAGCAUUGGAAAAAGAGGGAGACAAGUCUGCUAGUGCCAAGGCAUCAAAGGCAAGUGUUGUCCAUCAGAUAGAUGAAGGGAAAGCACAACUUACUGCAUCAAGUGGAGGCUCAGAUAAUGCAUUUGCUUUGAUCAUUGAUGGGAAUUCACUUGUAUAUGCUCUGGAGGAUGAUGUCGAGAAAAAGUUUCUAGACUUGGCAACUGGAUGUGCAUCUGUUAUAUGUUGCCGCACAUCACCAAAACAGAAAGCAUUGGUCACAAGAUUAUUUAAAGUUGGAACUGGUAAGACAACAUUAGCAAUUGGUGAUGGUGCUAAUGAUGUGGGAAUGCUUCAAGAAGCAGAUAUUGGAGUUGGCAUCAGUGGUGUUGAAGGGAUGCAGGCAGUCAUGUCAAGUGACUUUGCAAUUGCUCAAUUCCAAUAUUUGGAGCGUUUGCUACUUGUGCAUGGCCAUUGGUUUUACAGAAGGAUUUCAUUAAUGAUAUGCUACUUCUUCUACCUGAACCUCACAUAUGGUUUUACUCUCUUCUUGUUUGAAGCAUAUACAUCAUUCUCUGGUCAAGAUCUGUACAAUGAUUUGUUUAUGAUACUUUAUUCUAUCCUUUUUACAUCAUUCCCAGUGGUUGCUCUAGGUGUGUUUGACCAGGAUGUUCCUGCCCAGUUUUGUCUCAAGUUCCCUCUAUCAUACCAAGAAGGUGUUCAGAAUGUCCUCUUCAGCUGGCCUCGAAUAUUAGGUUGGAUAUUCAAUGGGGUUUUAAGUGCCACAAUCAUCUUCUUCUUCUGCACAAAAGCACUAGAGAUUCAAGCCUUUCGUAAGGGAGGUGAGGUUGUUGAUUUUGAGAUCUUGGGGGCAACCAUGUACACUUGUGUUAUGUGGGUUGUGAAUUGCCAGCUGGCAAUUUCUGUCAGUUACCUUACCCUUAGACAUCAUAUCUACAUUUGGGGUUCAAUCAUUGCUUGGUAUCUUUACCUUUGUGUUUGUUCUAUCUCACCUUCCUUUUCCACCACUGCUUACAUGGUCUUCAUUGAAGCUUGUGCUCCUGCUCCUUCCUUUUGGCUUAUCACACUCUUUGUGGUAAUCUCCAGUCUCAUCCCCUACUUCACAUACUCAGCCAUUCAGAAGAGAUUCUUUCCCAUGUAUCAUGACAUGAUACAAUUGAUAAGACUAUAUGGGCAAUCUGAAGAUCCUGAGUACAGCCACAUGGUGCGGCAGAUUUCAAUCCAGCCCACCAAAGUAGGUUUCACAGCAAGGGUAGAAGCUAAAUCUAGACGAUUGAGACAGAAGCUUCAUCACAGGACACAAUUACUUGCACCAUGA